GGCGGGGCUUACACGAAAAUCGGCGAUCGGCCAAUUCGUCAGUCCGGUGAAUCUUAACGAAUGUACAGAUAAAAACAGAAUGGUAGAAGUUGCACUGACCCGCGUAUCAGAACUUUUAAAAGACGACAUUAGUCGACAUCUAAAUGCUAAUACCAUACUAGAAUGGCUGAAGGAGACAAAUAAUGAAGGGCUUGCGGAGAAAGUUUUUACAAAUGCAGCAAACUGUAUGCAAACGGACAAUGACAAGUUUGAAAGCAUCCUUAACCUAGUUUCACUUGCUGUAAAUCUUUUCAGCGUGCCAUACUCAGAAACCGUUGUUAACGUUAUCAGAUUCAUUGGCAACAUUUUCUUAUCUAUUAGAGGAAGAAAGGAUUCAUUUUCUAUAAUAUCAGAGAAUUUACGUUCGGAAUUCUCAGAGAAAAUGAAAGAUGUGGAAGAAAAAUUGUAUGGUUUUUGUGCAUGUUUUGAUGCACGAAGUGGUGAUUUAAACACAUUCAAUAAAGAGGAAGAGAAAACAGAAGAACGUGUUGAGAGGCUGCUAGAUGAUGUCAACUACAAAGAAAUCGGCAUGGUCUUUUCGGGAGAGCUAGAGGCUAUCAUAUUAAGAUAUAGAAAUGUUCGUGAAGAAGAAAUCCUCAAAUCUGUUGGAGAAUGUUUGCAUGUUUACGUGUGUGUUGCGACCAUGCGAUGUAUGAUGCAAAUUUUGAUUUUGUCAAUCAUACCUGAAGAAAAAAUGAAAAGUGCAACAAGGCGAAUCAAGACAUAUAUGGAAAACGACACCCUGCGGAGAGUUGCUUUCUUAACUAAGAUGCUGGAGCCCAGUCACAAGAAUGCUAUAUUUUUGUCAUCAUUUACCAUUACAGAGUAUCCUCAACUGGAUAUGUUUCUGAAAACUAAAUGGUAUACUACAAAACAACAGCCAUGCACAUGGGAAAUCAGUGCUUUUUUGACAAACAAAAGCAUUGCUCUGCAUCCGGUAGUAUUUCGAGAUCAUUGGAUGAAUGCAGCCCGCAGAGGAUAUGUGUGGAGUACAUCUACGGCGCCGCAUGAUGAUUAUGCUCAAUUUUGCUUUGAAGCAGUUUCGGAAAGAGGAAAUAUAUUCUUCAUAACGUCAUUUAAAAAGCAGUAUUCAUAUAUCUAUAUGAAACCCAAUUCAUUUCUAAGCCAAACGAGUACUCGACCAAAGGAGGAAGGAAUGUUCAAGGUUCUCCGCUUACAGAAUGACAAUUGUUUGAUAUCUGUUGUUAAAUACCCUGGCAUAUUCCUUUAUAUGGAGAACACUUUUUUUGGUAGAAUAAAAGGGGCUGCUACAGACUAUACAUAUGCCAACGGCCUACCAACCGAGCAGCAUGAAUGGUCGUUAAAGGAAGUUUGUCAUCGUAGAAAUGGAAAUGUAAUUAAUAAAGUUGAAAAUCCCAAAAUCGUCAGUGCCUUCCCCCCAAAAAUCGAGUGACAAUAUAAAACUUGAUCACCAUAUUUAACAUUAAUGCAGUAUGAUAUCAUGUUUGCCGAAAUGAAUCCGAUUUCAAUCAGAUUCGACGACAUGUAUGAGUGUGACAUGGAAGCAAAUUCGCGUGAGUUUCUGUCAACAGCUCUGGUUUUUAUUGUUUUUAGAUUUUAUAGUGAUAUUAUUCAAUUGGACAACUAUUUAGGACUUUGAUUCUCUAUCAUCUCAGAAUGUAAUUAUUGCUAAACUCGCCAAAUAUUUUAUAAAAUAUCCAACUUCAAGGAGAAAUUCGGAAUAUUUCCAACGAACCGGUGAGAAUUGUUUAAUGUUUAAAACCAUCUUUAAAAUCAUUCCUUAUGUUAUUCGUAAUUCUGAGUGGCGAUAUUGAACUGAACCCAGAUCCUCCAAGGCCUCCAAAAUGCAAAGAAAAGGGUAACAACCAACCGGACGAUAACAAAAAUCUCAGUGUUUUCAAACGAAAGGAAUGCACUUCAUUCAUUUAAAUGCAAGAUCAUUUCUUGCAAAAUGUUCUGGUCUACGCUUAAUAGCAAAACAAUCUAAAUCUCCAGUUAUAGCCAUUCCUGAAAUUUUGUUAGACGAGCCAGUCACUGAUAGUGAAAUUUCAACUCAUAUCAUUACGUAAGGACCGGAAAGAACUGGGGGUGGCGUCUGUGUAUAUAUUCGAUCCAAUGUUGCAUUUACCAGAAGAAUAUAUAUCGACAGCGAUGACAUGGAGUCUAUUUGGCUAAAACUUUAUUUACCAAAAUGAAAACCAAUCAUACUUUUUACCGUCCACCCACCCAGUCUUCGUUCACCGACCUCUUUGAAGAAAACGUUUGUAAAUUAUGGACUGUGAAACCAUAACCUUGAGUGAUUUCAUUUUUUGUACAGCCAACAAUAACCAUCCUUUAUAUAAAUAUUUUUUAAUAUUUUGACUUUAUUUUGUCUCGACCAAAUUAUACUUGGUUCAACAAGAUUUGCUUACAACAUAUCGCAUGUAAUUCAUCAUAUCAUUUGAAAAAUAAAAGAAAACAUUGUUAACGCAGGUGUUAUAACCACUGGUAUAAGUGAUCCUUAUUUAACUUUUUGUACAAGGAAAGUAUCCAGAGAUACUUUUAAGGGUCAUAAUAAAAUUAAGAUUAGAUGCU